AUGUUUGGGGAUGCCAUUUUGGGAUUUUCGGACAUUGAACACAUUUAUUCCAACGACACCUCUGUGAGUUUCUUGAACUUUGCGGCAUGGACUCAUUUGGAGGACAUGGUCCAAAUUCUGGAAGAAAGAUUAACGAAAAUAGUUGAAAUCUUGUACGACAAUAAGAAACUUAUCGAGAAAGCGUACAAUAGCAAUGAAUACAAGCCUUUCCGAGACCAAGACCUCUGUUGCCGAGUCGAUUCUUCGGACCUGGAGUUAGAUCUUCAAUUUAACCGCCUGGUGUCAAAAUCUAUUUGUUUCAUGAAAUCAGAUUCUUCUCUUGGGAAUAACAUUGACAAAACACAUAGCAAUGCCUUCCGGGAAAACUCGGAGAAAUCUCUAUUUUUAUUGUGGCAGUACUAUGGAGAUUCACUGGGAAAUUAUUUUCAGUAUCCUGCCAAAAAGUCCACGUGCGAUGGAAAAGUUUGGAAUGAUCCAAGAUUUCAAUUUUUUAGGGAUUGGUUUGUUCACACCCUGGUUCCUAACAAAAAGAAUGUGGUCAUUGUUCUGGACGCCAGUGGCUCCAUGUCCGUGGCUGUUAAUGGGAUGGGGAGUUCUACACCCACCAGGAGCGCUAUCGCCAGGGAGGCGGCCAUGACGGUACUGGGAACACUCAGUACAACAGAUCAUAUGGGUGUGGUCAUUUUCAACAGUUCUGCAGUGUCUUCCAAGUGUUCCCCCCAACAGAACAGUCAAGGGAUUCAUAUGUUGGUACCAGCUACCACUGACAACAUGGAAUCCAUUCAAGAACUUAUCAACAGCUCUGUACCAUCAGGUAACACAUAUUAUGGGAAUGCAUUUUCCAAGGCUUUCCAGCUGCUGAGCCACUCCAAGCAAAUAAAUCCAAAGCAGUUUGAGGACUCCCUGGACAUGAUCCUGUUCCUCACUGAUGGUAUGCCUGAGGAUACACCAGAGGACAUUCUUGAGGAACUCGCAUUAGGACAGGCCCUCAUGAACCACUCUGUCCAUGUUUUUGUAUAUGCCCUGGGGGAUGAAAUCAAAAACACAAACACUCCAAAACAUUUCUUGAUACAACUCGCAGAUCAGAACAACCUCAAUCUCAACAACCGGUUUGGACCUCAGAAGGACCUCAAGUGGCCUAAACUGUCAAAGCAACAAGACAAUGACAAGCCUGCAGGGCCGGUGGGAAAUGUGACCUUUAUUGAGAACUCGGAUGGACAGAAGCUGGUUAAGAUUAUGGGGGAAUACUAUUCCCAGUUCCAGGCGGUGGUCAACGGUUCCAGUGUUACCUACAGUGUCCCCCAGAGGGAGCCCAAUACAGGUUUGAAGAUGACCCUAAGUAUGCCGACACUGAACAGCAGUGGGGAAUUCUUUGGGGUCACAGCUAUAGAUGUCCAUCUGGAACUGACUUUCUAUGAAGUAGCUCACUUCCAUCUUGGUACAGACAGCUAUGCCUUCUUAGUGGGGAGUUCAGGUGUGGUGUAUAUCCACCCUGAGCUGGCAGUGGGCGGACAGGACCUGGAAGUCUACACCGUCGAUCAACUGGAACCUAGGCUGUCACCUGCUGCUAUUUAUAACAUCACCAAUGGCAUGGAAGGUCAAGAGGUUAUCAAGAAGUCUGUACAGCAGGUAGUGAAGACAGCAGUAUGUUAUUACAAGCCUCUGUCUGGAUUCAGUGGUAACUUCACCGUAGUCCUAGUGAUAUUCCAAGACGAUACGAGACAGAAAACACUGCAGAAUGCAGAUUCCAAGAGUUUCCCUGACUUUCUGUACCAUAGACAGGGUUUUAUCAACACCUCAGUGGUGGGUCAUAAUGGGGUGUGUGAGCGCAACCAGGCCCUGGUCAUCCCAGCCAAUGCCACGAUCAAGUUUGCCCCUGGCUCCUUCUGGGACCUGGAGAAGAGCCUGAUGUAUGAACAAAACAAGAGCUACUCGGAUGCCCACAGCACCUUCAAAAACACUACAGGAUUCUCUCAACAUGCAGGAGUGACAGAAUCUGUUGCUGGUGAUGUCUUGUUGAUGAACAAAAUUGAUCAACACUGGAAGAUACCAACUGAUGCUAUAUGGAGAUACAUGGGGACAGAGAACGGUGUGUUUAAGGUGUUUCCGGGGACCCUGGUACCUGACAUCCUUUAUGAUCCACGGGAGGAUCGCUGGUACACGGCCGCCAUUGGUCAGUCUCACAAGUACAUGUUUACUGCUCACCCUGACCAGAACAUGUCAAUCGUCACCCUGGCUAAAGCAUUUCACCAAACCAGUAAAUUGGUGCAUGGAGUGGUUGCAGCAGACAUCACAGUACAGCAUCUGAUGACUUUUCUGUACAAUGCUCUCUUCAGAAACAUUAGCCAUAAUUCAGCUUGGAUAGUCAUGGAUGAUGAAGGGAGCACCUUGAUGAAGCUAGAUAAUGCUGGACCAGUACAGAUGUCCGCCCAUCUGACUGAAGUUUUACCCUGGGUGGCAAACUGGUUGUUACAGAAAGGUCUUAUAAUGAUAGACUGGUGCAGUGAUAUUCUGUCUGGACACUCCCAGCUGAGUUAUUCUUUGGACACCUCUGGAUCAGUGGUGGAUCCAGGUUCUUCUGAUCCGUGCCUGGACUUCAAGCUGAUCCCUAUCAAUAGAUCCAACCUGUAUGUUGUCAUCUACAAACCCUUGUCCACCUGUCAUACCACACAGGCAGCUUGCUCUUGUACAGAGAAAUGUUCUGUUUGCGACCAUCUUCAGAAAAACAUUUGUCAGUGCCCCUGCACAUGUUUCAGUAAUUAUAUGGAUAGAUGUACCCACCAAAUUAACAAAACUGAUGGCUACAAACCCUGCCCUGGACCCCAUAAACACUGGCAGAUGCAGUCUUCAGACAAAGAAAAUAAAUCGACUAAUGUACAGCCAUGUAAACCUGUUUGUACAGCCAUUUCUAGAUCAACAGAAUGUCAGGCAACAAAGGGAUGUAACUGGUGUAGUGGCGGCCAUUACAAGAACCUCCCUCUCUGCACAGAGAAGUGUGUUCAGGACCAAAAAGUGUUGCAGUUUAAGCUGGCUUGUGGUAGAAAUAAAACAAAAAGCUUUACAGUGGAAGAAAAGAAAACGAUUGGUAAACAAAUUCUCCAGACUGCUCAGAAGAGAUUAAAAAAGUACUCCAAAGCAAGGGCAAAUCAUUCCAAUAAGAACUGCACAGGAGGAGUGUGUUUACAGGUGGAGACCACUGAUGAGACAGAGGUACCCCAGACCUGGCUGACAGAGCUGAGUGAAUCUGUCCAUGUUAUCUUCAAUGAUUCCAGGGGUUCUCCAAGAAAUAUUGUCUACACUACCAACAGGACAGAACCCACAGAUGCUAGAGUUGAACUAACAUUAAAAAAAGUGAACUUAACAGAAGAGCUGGAAACAGCACUAACUCUGAGAAAUUACAUCCAAAAAGUGAUUCAUGGAAUUGUGGAGAAGAAGACAACAUCAGACAUUGCUGCUUCAAUAUCUGGACUCUGGCCAUGGGAGGAUAAAAUAUCUUUCUGGCUGGAGAGAACAAGGAAUCUGACACCAGGGAAAUUCACUGCUCUGAAACGGAACUUACGGUCCCUCAAAGACACCCCCCUGGACCUGCUUGGUAGAAACGUGUCCAUAAGCAGUGUCUCUGUAUCAUGGCACUUCAGUUCCCUGUGUCCGAAAGCUUGUUCUAAAAGCAAUAGCUUUUCAGAAUGCAAAGAAAGCAUGGGUUGUAUUUGGGAUCAAAAGUAUCAAGAAUGUACCACAACACCUGUAUUACCUGAAAGGGUCCAGGCCAGUAUUUACCUCCCCUGUUUGGGCCUGUAUCAGCCUCUUGACAGUGGAGAAGAACAGCAGGUCAUAAGUGACCUAGAGGGCGCUAUCAGAAACAGGACAAGAUUGUCUCACAAGUCACUGCAUUCAUUUGAAUUAAAAAAGAGUAACACAUUACUAGGCCGAGUGAUGAACUUCACCAUACAAGGAAUCUUAAACCAAAACCGUGUUAGUGCAAUCUGGUGGGACCUAAAGAAUCAACUAGAAAAGGGGCAUACCUUAGUCCUAACAAUUGGAAAUCACACAUACCACAGCAGUACUCAACCUACAACUUAUGAAGACAUAACUAACAUGGAAAUAAAUGUGGAAUUUGUCUCACUAGAAACUGAUGAUCUUCUCCAAAGCCACCCUUUAACUGCCAGGAAAACUAUAAACCGGGAAGUUGUGAGAAUUGCCAAGGAGACAGUGGCCCCAUUGGUUACCAAGACAAUAUCCAAUAUUCAAUUUCACAAGAAUUCAGUCAAAUUCAUGGUGUCCAAGAAACCAGGUGACCCCAGGGAUUUACGGAAAGAAUAUUCACAGCUAAGAGCUAUAAUUCACCAGGGACUGUUGAAUAUCCGCCUGUUCAGUGUGCAGUAUACUGCUAAUUAUACCUUCUUUGUUGGAAGCUUUGGAGAGUUGUGUCCAAGGCAGUGUUGGGAAGGACAUGAUGAGACAGCAUGUUCCACCCUAUCGGGAUGUUACUGGUCUGAUUCCACUCAGCAGUGCUCUGACGAUAUGGUUCUACCAGAAAUGAAAAAAGUAACAGUUGUAUUUCCUUGUGCCAAGUUUGAAGAACUGACCAUAGAUGAGAGAAAUAAAAGUCUGGAUACCAUUAAAAAUGAAGUGGAUAAAUUUAUUCAAGGUCUUCCUCCAGGAGCUAAGGCUCAGGCUUUUACCCUUGGGGAUGAUUUCAGAGAUAGUUUUACAUUCUUGGUCCAAGGAACUGCAAGAAGAGCCCCAUUGUUAGACGUUCUUACCAACAUCUCAAAAUGGAUAAGUGAAGGCCAGCUACAACUUGUAGUCAAUAACACAUACAUCAGGGGGCAGGAUGUAGAAGAUUUUAACAGUAUUGAGAUAGCCAUGCUCUUCCCAAACCUGGAGUUUUUCAAGUUAGACUUGCCACAGAGAAGGAAGCUUAAAGUGGACCUGUUCCAUCAUCUACAGAGCCUGCUGUCCUCCGACUUCUCCAUCAGGGACAUUCAGCAUGUCUGGUUUGAUCAGAAGUACAUCAUAUUUAAAGUUCAAAGAGACAAUUUAAAUUCCUCAGUAAAUAAAGAGAUUGAGAGAUGGAAGCAGAUGUUAAAACUCCAGGCUUUCUCCAUAUCACUGGGACAUAGGAGAAUUCAUCCCACUAAACUGGUAUAUCAGAAAAGCCUGGGUGGAAACUGUCCUAUUUCUUGUUUUAAUAGGUCUACAGACUCACAGUGUAGAAAAUCUCUGGGAUGUUUUUACAAUGGAACUUGGAAUGUAGACCUUUGUCAGAAAAAGAAACUAAUGGGAAGCAGUUAUGUGUACCCCCUAUUUGUGGCCUGUAAUACUACUCAGACAUUAAAUGUCUCAGAGAAGACAGAAGCAGAACAGGAUCUGAGAGAAAAACUGGAAACUUUGCUUGGGGAGGCAAUAGAAGUCCUACAGGAUGUAGUCAUUACAGAGGAUGGGGCAGAUAUUGUUCUCCAUGCCACGACACUACACCCCCACCUGGAGCUGUAUGUGGACACACUGAAUACUGAAGUAGACUACACGAAGGGGUUCAGAUUCGGUCCCUCUACAAAGACAAAUAAGUUUGCACCCCGCAAGAAGAAGGAUUCUACAAAUGUAGAUGUGAUCCUGAAAUUUAGCAGUAUCGACUUGGAAGCUUUACAGAACCUUCAUCUGGCCACCAGAGAAGAUAUCUCCCAAGAUCUACAGCAGCAGGUCAACACUCUCCUAGUGGGGGAAGUGGCCCAAACGUUUAAUCUGUCCUGGAUCAAACAGGAUAAACUUUCAUUCGAGCUGAAGAAAUCACUACAGAGUAAAGUAAACAUGGCAGAGGAAGUGGAUAAAAUCAGGGAGUCAUUUCAACCUCACCUGGAUUAA